UAUGAGCAGAUGCUGGAGUUAUAACCCCUGCAGUUUCAAGCCAUUGUACAAGACAACAUAAAUCUUUUACGAUCACUCGUUUUAAGAGAUUAUUACUAAUCGAUGCAUAUCUCUAAAUAAAAUAAUGUACGGAGUAGUUAUUUUCUUAUUGGGACCCUAAUUAAAGGCAUAGAAAGGGACCGCAGAAAGUAGUCAACAAUGCUUUUAAGGUUCAAUUUGAUGUUUAAUGGGAAAAAAUGUUGUGCACAUGGGCGGAACAUGAAGGGCACCCAAAUACACAUAACCCAUGGGGGUGAUGGGGUGGUGUCCUUUAAUGCCUAGCUAGGAUCAUACAGUCAUACCUAUUCCCAAUCUAUAAUCUAUUGCAAUUAUUGUUGCUUUCAUUUUCACCCUAGCUUCAAUUGUUUUCUUAUACGGAGUGGAGUAUAAAGAGAAUUGAUUAUUCUCUUUCAUUGUAUAAUGUAAUUGUAAUUUUGAUGCAAUUUAGACUCUUUGGUAACCCUUUUCCAGAGUAAUUUUUAUCAAAUACCUACAUAAUUUUAUUUCACCUACUUUAUAAUAGUGUAAUUAAUCCUUAAUUAGGUUUCCAUAUUUAUUUGUUUCCUAAUGUACUCAGAACUCCUUUUAUUAUAUAUAUGACAUCUAGGCUACCACAAUUGGUAUGCCUUUCUAUUAUUCUCACAUGGUAUCAAGAGCCCUAGGUUUUUAAUUUUUUUACGAUGACUUCUUCCUCUGUCUCAACCGCCGCUGCUAUUUCCGCUCCCAGCACCGCCGCUUCAACCACGCUGGCGUCUGAUGUGCUGGUCUCGAGCGAAGCCCCUCCGGCCGGAUCCCUUACAACAUCGCUACCACCUGAAGUCCUCCACCCCACUUUUCCGUCUGGUGGACUGGUUUCGGGCUCCUCGGUCGACAAUCAGUGGGUCCCGCCAAUAUUUACAUGGACGCCUACACCGCCAACAAUUCGUCCAUCGCCUGUUUUCCAUCUUGAAGCUCAGGCAGAAUCGAGCACCACCGCGGCAGCACGCGAACGGUUUGGUGGGGCUACUUUAUCGGGCACUCCCAGUCUCCUUAUGCCUCAUGCGAUCAAUCCUAUUGGUCGGGGCCAACAAAAUAAUUCUAUUCCAGUUUCGUUCUCUGCUUUGGCACAAGGUAUGACUCUUGGAUCCGCAAUCAAUCAGAUUGUCACCACUAAAUUAUUAAAGGUUGAAGAUUACUUACCAUGGCGCACUCAGUUUGAGUCGUUCUUGGUAGCGAAUGGUGUUUUAGGAAUCCUUGAUGGUUCUCUUCCGGCCCCGCCUCUAAAUACCUAUGAUUUAUAUCAGGCCCCUAUAAUGAAUCCUGAAUAUUAUCAUUGGUUAAAACUGGAUCAAACUAUUCGUGCCUGGUUAUUUGCUACUCUCUCUCGCGAAGUUUUGAUGGAAGUUCACACUCUUAAAAAUUCUACUUCUAUCUGGCAAAAGUUGGAAUCCCGAUUUAUGGCGGCCAGUCUUGCUCGUUCCAUGGAGCUCAAACAUCAGUUAUCACACACCAAAAAGAAGGCCAGUCAGUCCAUGGAAGAGUAUGUCCGUGGAAUUCAGACCAUCGCGGACAAUCUAGCUUCCAUUAAUUCCCCGGUUUCUGAUUCUGAUCUUUUACAUUAUACACUCUAUGGAUUAGGACCGGGUUAUGAAUCGCUUGUUGGACCGCUAACACUCUUCCCCGAAGGACUUACUUUUGACAAGUUAUGCACCAAGUUGGUCCAUCAAGAGGCACGAUUACAAUACCAACAGUCUCUUGAUUUAUCAAUUGGUGCCCCUGCCUUUUCGGCCCAAUCAUCGUCUGAAGGAGCUCCAGCCGUAGCUCAUGCCGCCGGCCAUCAACAGCAAAAUCGUGGGGGGCGUGGAGGCCGCCGUGGACGCGGACGCGGGCGCGGCCGUGGACGUUACCAUCAGCAGCCAUCGAUUUUUGGUCAGCCACCACCAGGGUACGGCCAGCAACCUCCAGCGCCCGGACAACAUUCCCAGCAGUUCGGUCAGCGUCCUCCAUUCCAGCAGCAACAUUCUUCCGGCCGAGGACAGCAGUACAACAAUUUAAUGGGUCAACCUGGUACAGUCUUUUGUAAUUCAGUUGCGUCAUCGUUUUAUACUCCUGCUCUAUCUACCUUUUGUACUAACAAUGUUUCUGCAGGAUUCCCCUCUUUUGAGAAUAAUUUUGGUUCCGUACCACCACCCGUUGUCUGCCAAAUCUGUCAUUCUCCAGGUCAUUCAGCUGUUUCGUGUUCAUCUCGUUUUUUACAAUCUAAUACUCCUGCACUAGCUGUUCCCACUGGUGAAUCCACUCCCGCUGUUUGGUAUCCUGAUUCCGGGGCUUCCGCUCACAUGACCGCUAAUGAAGGACAAAAUUUCGGGGAAGGUGCUUCUUCAAGCUUCCAGUAAUGGAGGUGUUUAUCCUAUUUCUCUGUCAGCCUGUUCACCGGUCGCUCUCAUCUCACAUGUUGCCUCUGGACCAGUCUGGCAUCGUCGGUUGGGACACUGUGGCAGUCGUAUUUUAGAACGUCUUAGGAAGUCUGGCAAUCUACUUAGUACUUCCCAAUUUUCUCAUAAUUGUAUUUCUUGUCGCCUAGGAAAAUCACAACGGUUACCUUUUCAAGAAGUUUGGCAUAAAUCUACUGCUCCUUUAUUUUUAAUUCAUUCUGAUGUUUGGCAAUCUCCAGUUCUGUC